UUUAAGUAAUAACUAGGUAGGUGCCCGUGCGAUGCCACGGAACAUAAAUUGCGAACCUCCAAUGGACUUCAUUUGAGAUCCAGGCCACCAUCCCGUCCACGCCGGGGAAGCCGUCCAAGAAGCCCAUGUGGAAGGGCGUCAUCGUCGCCUACGUCGUCAUCGCCGCCUGCUACCUCCCCGUCGCGCUCGUCGGCUACUGGGCCUUCGGCAACGACGUCGAUGAGAACAUCCUCAUCACCCUGAACCGGUCGCGGUGGCUCAUCGCCGCAGCCAACAUGAUGGUCGUCGUCCACGUCGUCGGCAGCUACCAGGUGUACGCCAUGUCGGUGUUCGACAUGAUCGAGACGAUGCUGGUCAGGAAGUAUUGGUUCACGCCGGGAUUCAGCUCCGUCUCAUUGCCCGGACUGUCUACGUUGCACUCACAAUGUUCGUGGCCAUCACAUUCCCCUUCUUCAGCGAGCUGCUCAGUUUCUUCGGUGGAUUCGCCUACGCACCCACGAGCUACUUCCUUCCCUGCAUCAUGUGGCUCAUCAUCUACAAGCCCAGAAGGUUCAGCCUCUCAUGGCUUACCAACUGGAUAUGCAUUGUCAUUGGGGUGCUGCUGA